AAGCAGAAGUGAGAAAGUUGGUGGAGCCGAGGUGCAGCAUGUCCCGUUGAGGAGGAGAACAACAGAACCAGCUCCUGUCGGUGGAAAGAAGUGCGCAGCUCGGAGCGAACUCCUUCUCCCCCUCGAAGUGGACACCAUGUCCUCCAGGACGACGUCCAGCGGCCGCAGGGUUCUCAAUCUGUUCGUGGUUCUCUGCGUCGCCUUCCAUGCGACGUCCGCCGCGCCGUCGCCGGUCAUCCGGUUCCCGGGAGACAACAGCAGCCCGCAGACGGACAAAGAAGUGGCGCUGCACUACCUGAAUAAGUUCUACGGGUGCCCAGAGGACCGGUGCAACCUCAUGGUGCUGAAGGACACGCUGAAGAAGAUGCAGAAGUUCUUCUCUCUGCAAGAGACCGGAGAGAUCGACGCCAAGACGGUGGACAUCAUGAAGAAGCCCCGCUGCGGCGUGCCGGACGUGGCCAACUACAACUUCUUCCACAGGAAACCCUUGUGGCAGAAGAAGGACAUCACGUACAGAAUCCUGGGUUACAGUCCCGACCUGGACGAGGAAGUCAUAAACGACGCUUUCUUCCGAGCCUUCAAAGUGUGGAGCGACGUCACGCCGCUCACCAUCACGCGCAUCAUGGACGGCGAGGCCGACAUCAUGAUCAACUUCGGCCGCAAUGAGCACGGAGACGGGUACCCCUUCGACGGCAAAGACGGCCUCUUGGCUCACGCCUUCGCCCCGGGGCCCGGCAUCGGGGGGGAUUCCCACUUCGAUGACGACGAGCAGUGGUCGCUGGGAGACGGCCAAGUGGUGAAGGUGAAGUUUGGCAACGCCGACGGGGAGUUCUGUAAGUUCCCCUUCCUGUUCAUGGGCACCGAGUACAAAAGCUGCACGCCGCACGGCCGCGACGACGGCUUCCUGUGGUGCUCCACCACCUACAACUUCGACGACGACGGCAAAUACGGAUUCUGCCCCCACGAGCUGCUGUUCACCAUCGGGGGGAACGCAGAAGGCGCUCCGUGUAAGUUCCCCUUCACCUUCCAGGGAGAGAAGUUCGACGCCUGCACCACUGAAGGCCGGAACGACGGCUACCGCUGGUGCGCCGCCACCGAGGACUACGACCAGGACAAAAUCUACGCCUUCUGCCCAGAGACCGCCAUGUCCACGGUGGGGGGGAACUCCGAGGGAAGCCCCUGCAUCUUCCCCUUCACCUUCCUGAGCGACGCCUACGAAGCCUGCACCACGGCCGGGCGCAGCGACGGCAAGAUGUGGUGCGCCAGCACCAAGAGCUACGACGACGACCGCAAGUGGGGCUUCUGUCCCGACCAAGGUUACAGUCUGUUCCUGGUGGCGGCCCAUGAGUUUGGUCACGCCCUCGGCUUGGAGCACUCUCAGGACCCCGGAGCGUUGAUGGCCCCCAUUUACACUUACACUAAAGACUUCAGACUUCCCGAAGAUGACAUCAAAGGCAUCCAGGAACUCUACGGUGUGCCAACCGACAAACCUUUGCCUCCAACCCAGGGUCCGGUUACUCCAAUGGACCUCUGUAAAGAGCCCGUUGUGUUUGAUGCUGUGGCCCAGAUCAGAGGAGAGACCUUCUUCUUCAAGGACAGGUUCCUGUUCAGGUCGGUGAAUUUCAGAAGCAAGCCCAGCGGCCCUCUGCUGGUGGCCACCUACUGGCCAGACCUGCCCACCAAGAUAGACGCCGCCUACGAAAACCCGACGGUGGAAAAAACCGUCUUCUUCUCGGGCAACGAGAUGUGGGUCUACAAAGCGGACGAGCUGGAGAAAGGCUACCCCAAGAGGAUCUCCAGCCUCGAGCUCCCUACCGACCUGCAGCGGAUCGACGCUGCCUUCAACUUUAGGAAGAACAGGAAGACUUACUUCUUUGCCGGGGACAAAUUCUGGAGGUACAAUGAAGAUACGAAGAAAAUGGACCCUGGCUUCCCCAGACUCAUCGCGGAUUCCUGGAACGGCAUCCCGGAUGGCAUCGACUCCUCCUUCAGUCUCAAUGACAUUGAUUACAGCUACUUCUUCAAAGGAAACCACUAUUUCAAACUGGAGGACAGCAGCUUGAAGAUAGUGAAGUUGGGUGAAAUCACAAAGGACUGGCUCGGGUGUUGAACUCCCCCCCUCCUCCUCCCCCCCCCCCCCCCAAAUAAAAGACGUCCCGUAAUGAUAUCUGACCUCACGAGGACUUUUUGCCAUAUUACCGCACACUGUUGUAACUUUUUAUCCCGGCAACUCCAACACAGGCUGAACAUGUAGGCAACUGGAUAUUUGCUAUAUUACUGUGUGACGUUGACUUUUUGUUGUUGUUGUUGUGCUGAUGCAGAUAUAUUUCAACAUGUGUACGCCCCCCUCUCCCGCCCUGGUUUAUCGUCCUUAUGCAUUGUUUUUGGUUUAUUUUGUUAACUCCGACAUCAGGUAUGUCAACACUGCAUUGAACGCAGUGCUGUGAGAUAAUGCCUUUUUUUUUUUUUUUACAAAUUUAAUUCUGAAAAGGCUGUUUUUUAUAUGAGGUAUUCAUGUUGGCUCGGAAUUACUUCUAUGUGCAGUUUUAUAAAUAUAUCACUUUUAAUUUUCAUUGUUGUGCAAUACAUUUGACAACCUUUUAACCGAAAAUGGUGCUUUAGAGAUUGCUUUUUGCUUAUCGUCCUGUUUACAUACAGUGUGUAUAUAUAUAUGUGUCUGUGUGUAUAUAUAAAUAUGUAUAUAUGUGCAAAUAUAUAUAUAUAAAUACAUAUAUAUAUAUGUGCAUAUAUAUGUAUAUGUAUUUAUUGAUAUAUAUAUAUAUAAAUACAUAUAUAUAUAAAUAUGUAUGUGUUUGUGUAUUUAUAUAUAUAUAUAAAUAUAUAUAAAAAUACAUAUAUAUAUAUAUAUAAACUACAUAUAUAUAUAUACAUAUGUGUAUAUAUGUGUGUGUGUAUAUAUAUAUAUAUGCACACACAUCUACAUGAUAUAGUCUGUGUAUCUGACUACUUAGUGUCCUCUGGAUGUUAUAAAGUAGAUGGAGGCACACAUUAUUCUUCCUUAUUCCUGAUUAGCACUUUGUGUAGGACUAUAUUAGAUAUUAGAUUAAUAGUGAGACCAAAUUGUUGUUCCAUGAACUUUGUGUUGCAUUCUCUUCACUCACGGUGAGAUUAGAGGCACAGGUUGCCUCCAGAGGCUUUAUUGAUUUGCUGCAUGAUGGAAUCAUGUCAAGAGUACCGCGGUAGUAUUAUUCGAUUAUCUUUUUUUAUAUAUAUUCUCUUUGUGUUUUAACAAUAGUCAUUUUUGCAUUGUGUUGUUUUUAAUGCUUGUGCACUUUGUGAUCAAUAAAGAUGGUCAAUAUAAUGUG